UGCUUAUCACUGGCACUUGAGAGAGACUUGCUCGAACAUCUUCUUCUUCUUUUGCCUUCUUUUGCCUGCCAGCCGUAAGCCCCAAACCAGAGGCAGAGGCAGUAGCAGCCGACUAAUAAAAAUGGAGAUCGAUCUCUACCUCCGCUCUCUCUUCUUCCUCUUCCUUUUCUUCCUCCCUUCCAUCUCCGCCGUCGAACUUCUUGACACCUACAUAGUACGCGUUGACGCCGACGCUAAGCCCUCCAUCUUCCCUACCCACGCCCACUGGUACGAAACUUCCCUUCUCGCCGCCACUGCCUCGGCCGAUGGCAUCACCGAUUUCCCCCCAGGUGGCUUCCUCAUUCAUACUUACUCCUCCCUUUUUCACGGCUUCUCCACUCGCAUUUCCCCCUCCACAGCCGCCUCCCUCGCCUCCACCCCGGGCUUCCUCGCCGUCUUGCCAGAGCUCGUCCGCCACCCUGACACCACGCGGUCCCCGGAGUUCCUCGGUCUCCUAUCCUCCGACCGCACCGGCUUACUCGCAGAGUCCGAUUUCGGAUCUGAACUCGUCAUCGCUGUUGUGGACACCGGCAUCACCCCCGGCCAUCGCAGCUUCGCCGACAGUGACCUCGGCCUUGCCCCAUCGCGGUGGCGGGGUCAGUGCGUCUCUGGCCCCGGUUUCCCGGCCUCCUCCUGCAACCGCAAGCUCAUCGGGGCGCGUUACUUUUCCGCGGGGUACGAAGCCACCUCCGGCCGCAUGAAUGAGUCCGUCGAGCUGCGAUCGCCACGGGAUACCGACGGACACGGCACCCACACCGCCUCCAUUGCGGCGGGACGGUACGUCUUCCCUGCCUCCACGCUUGGUUAUGCCCGCGGCGUAGCUGCUGGUAUGGCCCCCAAGGCCCGCCUCGCCGCCUACAAGGUCUGCUGGGUCGCUGGUUGCUUCGACUCCGACAUCCUCGCGGCCUUCGACUCCGCUGUUGCCGACGGCGUCGACGUGGUUUCCCUAAGCGUUGGAGGCGUCGUCGUGCCCUACUACCUCGACGCUAUUGCUGUAGGUGCCUUCGCUGCCGCUGAGGCUGGCAUCUUCGUCUCUGCCUCUGCUGGCAACGGCGGUCCCGGCGGGCUCACUGUCACCAACGUUGCUCCCUGGGUAGCCACCGUCGGUGCUGGCUCCAUGGACCGCGACUUCCCUGCGGACGUCAAGCUCGGCAAUGGUCGCGUCCUCCCUGGCGUUAGUGUCUACGGUGGCCCCUCGCUCGACUCUGGCCGUCUAUAUCCACUGGUUUAUGCAGGGGUCGCCCAAGGUGCUGGCGACGGCUACUCCUCCUCCUUGUGCCUUGAGGGAUCCCUCAACUCGGAAGCUGUGAAAGGGAAGAUCGUUCUCUGCGACCGCGGCGUUAACUCCCGAACCGCGAAAGGAGAGGUCGUCCGCAAGGCCGGCGCCGUGGGCAUGAUCCUAGCCAAUGGCGUGUUCGACGGAGAGGGCCUUGUCGCCGACUGCCACGUCCUGCCCGCCACCGCCGUCGGUGCUGUGGUGGGCGACGUAAUUCGCAAGUACAUCGCUACAUCCACUUCCAGAUUCCCUGCCACCGCCACCAUUUUGUUCCGCGGCACCCGUCUUGGCGUUCACCCUGCGCCGGUGAUCGCCUCAUUUUCCGCCCGCGGGCCCAACCCCCAGUCUCCGGAGAUCCUGAAGCCGGACCUAGUCGCACCAGGGCUCCAUAUCUUGGCGGCCUGGCCACACAACGUCGGCCCCGCCGGGAUCCCAUCCGACCAAAGGAGAACAGAGUUUAAUAUUCUCUCGGGCACGUCCAUGGCAUGCCCCCACGUUUCAGGCCUCGCAGCCCUCCUCAAGGCGGCGCACCCGGACUGGUCUCCGGCAGCCAUCAAGUCGGCCCUAAUGACCACCGCCUACGUGAAGGACAACAAGGGGAUGACAAUGCUCGACGAGUCCACUGGAAAUUUCUCCGACGUGUUCGACUUCGGUUCCGGCCACGUAAACCCGCAGCGCGCGAUGGACCCGGGCCUGAUCUACGACCUCACAGCGGUCGACUACGUCAAUUUCCUGUGCAACCUCAACUACACGCAGCAGAACAUCAAGGCGAUCACGCGGAAGGCGGCGGAUUGCCGGGGAGCAAGGAAAGCGGGGCACGCCGGCAACUUGAACUACCCUUCCUUCUCCGCUGUGUUCGCGGAGGACGGCUCAAAAAGAAGAAUGGCAACGCAUUUCAUUCGGACCGUGACAAACGUAGGCAACGGAGCCGCAACAUACAGAGCGACGGUGCAGCAGCCGGAGGGCAGUACGGUGACGGUGGAGCCUAUGGAAUUGUCAUUCCGGCGGUCAGGGCAAAAGCUGAGCUUUCUGGUGAGGGUGAAGGCGGAAACGUGGGAGAAGAUGGCGCCGGGGAACUCUAGAGUCCGGAGUGGAUCGCUGACAUGGAGUGACGGAAGGCAUUCAGUGAGGAGCCCCAUCGCCGUCACAGUUCAGGCACCAUUUUCAUGAUGCAAGUGGCUCGACCACCACCGUGAAGAAGCUGCACGAUCAAUCCGCCCCUAGAUUUUCAAAUAUGCUCGAAUAUGUAGAAAAAGUUUCCACUUCUCGUUUGCUUUAGACUAAGACAGUGCGCGAUAGUGCUCAUAUAUAAUAUAUAUAUGUAUAAAUUUCAUGAAACUGAGCAAGCGGAUGAAGCAGAAAGAGUAAAGCAGGAAGAGGAGAACGAUAGUCGUUCUUGUGGUUUGUCAUGUAAUUUUCUGCUGUUUCCAAACAGCUAGCUAGCCCAUGUUCGGUCUUC